CGCCUCACAGCGGACAAUACACACAUAGUCCAUUAGUAGAAGAAGAAGGGAAGUUGUUGUUGCUAGCCAACGUCCUGCUAUCACUGUUUACAAGUUAAAUGCUGCUACAGUCGUACAUUAAUCGUUGAUCUUUUUUUUCCAUGUAACACGUGGUUACGAUGCCGUGGAGGUGCUGUGUUCCGGGGUGUAAAGGCUACGACGAGGCCAAGUCUAUGGGGGUUGUUUUCCACGGUUUACCGACCAGAGACCCGCAGCGCUGCAAAACAUGGCUGAAAGCGAUCCAGAGCCCCCGGUUUGACGAAAACACUCCGGUGUCUAAAUACAGCGGGGUUAGGGUGUGCAGCCUGCACUUCCAGCCCGAGGACUACGAAGAGGACUUCCGGGCUAAGAUCCUGAACAUAGCGGCCAAGCCGCUGCUGAAGAGCGGCGCUGUGCCGUCAGUGUUCCCGGGGAGAGAGCCCUCUGAGCCGGGCAGAACCGAGACGUCUCCCUCGGCUCCGAAGAGAAGCAGAACUCAGGCGCCCUGCUCCUCCCAGCCCCCCCCAGCAGCAGCAGCAGCAGCAGAAGAAGAUGAAAGUUUCUGCAUCGUGGUGUCGGUGGACCCUCUUGACCACAGCUUCCGCUCCGAGCCAGACUUCAACCCGAUAACGACGUCGGAGGAGGACGAAGAAGAAGAAGAAGAAGAUGCCGACAAAGACUGCGCCAUAGUGCACGCCCGCAGCCUGAUGGAGCUGUUCAGGAUGUGUCAGACGUGCGGGCAGCCAAUCACGGAGAAGGAGCUGUUCCACUCGGGUGCUCAGAUGAGGGUGAAGUGGCGCUGUCACGGUGGACACUCAGGGGUGUGGAAGUCCUCCCCUCACAUGAGAGACACACUUCCUUGAACUCUCUGGGUGCAUUCCAGGUUCUCACAUCUUUAAUAGUCGCCGUGCACAGCGGUUACCCCCGGUUACACAGCGGUAACCAGGGGUAUGUUCUCAUCCCGGACUCAGGUCAAAAAAAAAAGAAAUAAUCAGAAACACGUACAAGCUCACGGAAAAAAGGCUGGGUCGCUUAACUCAAGGGUGUAAGAUGAACUGGCAGAGAACUAAGAGCAAGGGAGUGAAUACACCUGAGGGGAGGACGGAGUGAACACACCUGAGGGGAGGACGGAGUGAACACACCUGAGGGGAGGAGGGAGCGAACACACCUGAGGGGAGGAGGGAGCGAAUACACCUGAAGGGUGGAAGGAGUGAAUACACCUGAGGGGAGGAGGGAGCGAACACACCUGAAGGGAGAAGGGAGUGAACACACCUGAAGGGAGGAGGGAGCGAACACACCUGAAGGGAGGAAGGAGUGAAUACACCUGAGGGGAGGAGGGAGCGAACACACCUGAGGGGAGAAGGGAGUGAACACACCUGAGGGGAGGCGGGAGUGAAUACACCUGAGGGGAGAAGGGAGUGAACACACCUGAGGGGAGGAGGGAGUGAACACACCUGAGGGGAGAAGGG